GCGUGGAGGCAACGGGAAAAUAGACACGCCAUAGAGAUGAUCGAGAAAGAGCAGCGCGAGGUCGAGAGGCGGCCCAUCACCAAAAUCACACACAAAGGAGAGAUCGAGAUUGAGAACCAGAACCAGGAGCCCCUCAAGGCCCCUGAUGCCAUGGAACUGGAGCCUGAGCCUGCUCCCAAGGUUCCGGAAGAGCCCGAGGAGAAGCCUGUGGUGGUGGAGGCGGAGCCUGUGAAGGACACUAAAGACACCACCAGCCUGCACAAGUCUCACCUCUUCGAUCUCAAUUGCAAGAUAUGCACUGGUAAGAGGCGGUCUUAUUGUACUGGUAAGAGGCGGUCUUAUUGUACUGGUGAGAGGCACUCUUAUUUUACUGGUAAGAAGCAGCUUUAUUGCAUUGGUAAGAGUCUGUAUUCAUAGGCAGUUUUUGCAUUGGGCAAGGUCUGUUAAUUGCCCAGGGACUCAUCGUAGGAUUACAGCAUUUCUGUUUUCGAUUUCGAGUAUUACUUAAUAACUUGAGGGGUGCCUCAAAAUGUUUCUUUGC